GCGCUUCGCCCCCUGGAGUCAUCAGUCCUACUGUGGAAGAGAGAGCUGACACUAACAAAAUGGCCGCCAAAUUCGUAAUCUUCGUUGCUUUCUUGGCUCUGGCCAACGCCCGCAUGGUCCGUCGCGAGACCAACCCUCUCGAAGACAUCCAGAAGCAUGCAGCGGAGUUCCAGAAGACGUUCACAGAACAGUUCAACGCUCUGGUGAACAGCCAGAGCACCCAGGAGGUCACCAAGUCGCUCAAGGAGGGCUCGGACUCCGUACUCGUUCAGCUUUCGUCUUUCUCUAAUGCCCUGCAAGGAGCUAUCAACGAUGCCUCCGGUAAGACCAAGGAAGCCCUGGAGCAGACCAAGCAGAAGAUCGAACAGACAGUCAACGAGCUGAAGAGGCAGCACCCUGAGGUCGAGCAGCAGGCGGCCCAUCUUCGCGACAAGCUGCAGCAGGCGGUCCAGCAAACCGUCGGGGAGACCCAAAAGCUCGCCAAGGCGGUCCAGGCUAACGCUGAGGCUACCAACCAGAAGCUCGCCCCCCAGCUCAAGCAGGCCUACGACGACUUCGUGAAGCAGGCAGAGGUCGUCCAGAAGAAGGUGCAAGAGGCAGUCAACAAGCAAUAAGAACAUUUACUUUAAUAGGAAAGACGCUGCCUAUAUGCGUAGCCAACAUGCCAAUUGUUUACGCUUCGCGAACGAAACGCAACGGUCACUGUCGCACUAUUAGAGUCAGACCAUGAAAUCUGCAGCGAUUUUGAUAGCGCACGCAGUGCAAGUGUAAUUUUAAACGCCAAACUUCUAUGUAAUUAUGACGUGUAAAUAACACUUGCACUGCGUGAGCUAUCGCUGCAAACUUUUCUAGGUCUAACUCUAAGGAAGAGUGGUAAAGAGACGAAAAGCGUUUCGUUAAAGCGCAAGCGAUUGUCACCUUGGCUAGGCACCCUGCUUCUCCAUACAAACGUUGUUCCUAUUUUUUUCUGGAUAUUGACAUUAUGAAAAAUAUUUUUACAAUUGAUUGAUUAUAAGAAUGAGAGUAGGACCCCACCCUAGUGUGAUGAACCAAAGAAAAAGAAGAAAAUUGAUUAUUGUAAGAAUUAGGAGCGAAAAACUAAUUACAUACAAUUUUUUAAAUGCCCUUGACUCUUUAAAUAAUUAGACAUUAAAAAAAAUCAAACCAAGUUAAAACUGUGAUAUACUUAAGUACGUCUAAAUAUUUUCAAAAAUGUAAAUAUACAGAGAGGAAAAUAAGGACAUUUGUAUGAAAAAGCGAUUUCGCGGCGUCUACUUUCGUCUUAAUAAAGAAUUAUAUUUAUCAGUAUCACAAA